CCUCAUUUGCGUAACUCAGGACGCUCUCUGCGAGAAGAGACAGCACGGCUUCUUAGAUGGAUCCAAGGACCAGGAGCUGGGACACCAAGCUCUAUGAAAAGUGGUAUGUGUGCAACAGAGAGAAAUUAUGUGAAUCACUCCAGGCAGUCUUCGUUCAGAGUUACCUUGAUCAAGGGACACAGAUCUUCUUAAACAACAGCAUUGAAAAGUCAGGAUGGCUGUUUAUCCAGUUAUAUCAUUCUUUUGUGUCAUCUGUCUUUAGCCUGUUUAUGUCUAGAACAUCUAUCAAUGGGUUGCUGGGAAGGGGCUCAAUGUUUGUGUUUUCACCGGAUCAGUUUCAGAGACUGCUUAAAAUUAACCCUGACUGGAAAACCCAUAGACUGCUUGAUUUAGGUGCCGGAGACGGAGAAGUCACAAAAAUCAUGAGUCCUCAUUUUGAAGAAAUCUAUGCCACUGAGCUUUCUGAAACUAUGAUAUGGCAGCUUCAGAAGAAGAAAUACAGAGUGCUCGGUAUCAAUGAAUGGCAGAAUACGGGGUUCCAGUAUGACGUCAUCAGCUGCUUGAAUUUGCUGGACCGCUGUGAUCAGCCCCUGACUUUGUUAAAAGACAUCAGAAGUGUGUUGGAGCCAACUAGAGGCAGGGUCAUCCUUGCCCUGGUCCUGCCCUUCCACCCCUAUGUGGAAAACGUAGGUGGCAAGUGGGAAAAACCAUCAGAAAUUUUGGAAAUCAAGGGGCAGAACUGGGAAGAGCAGGUGAACAGCCUGCCGGACGUGUUCCGCAAGGCGGGCUUCGCCAUCGAGGCCUUCACCAGACUGCCGUACCUGUGCGAAGGGGACAUGUACAACGACUACUACGUGCUGGACGAUGCCGUCUUCGUGCUCAAGCCGGUGUAAGCGCGGGGAGGCCCGUCGCCAGAGCCCGCCCUCAGCACCGCCCCAGGGGCUGGCUCCCGGCGCGCGGGGGACCCUCGGGACUGCCGUGCUCAGUACCCUUAGGAAUUUAAAAAGCCAAAAUACUAAUGAUUUCUUUGUAGUGUGUAAAAGGAAUGUUUUUAAAAAACGAAAACGCAGCCCGUGGGUUUUCAUCAACUCUUUGCCCCGAGCCGCACUCCAGUGCAGGACACACCUCAGUUACGGCGGAAGAUAUUUUUAUACUUCACUGCAGCAGGAACCCACUCCCAGAGCAAUAGUCAUGGCUCCAUGGAAGCCACUCGGGGGUCGCUUUGAAUGAAACGAAGACUGGCAGUAAAGUGACCCCUCGGUUCCGAGCGUCGGUUAUAAGGUAGAGCCGCUGGUACUUUCACGUUUAGAACCUUUCUGUUACUAUCCAAGAAAACGUUUUUAAUCAUGCUAAUAAACCCUUUUGGAGAUGA